AUGCGCAGCGCAGGUGCGGCUUCGUCCUCGCAGACGGGCAUACACGCGCUGACGGCGCGCCUCGGGCUGGGCGGCGUGGCAAGGCGGACGCUGGGCAUUGCCCUCCUGCUGCUGACGGUGUUCCUGUGGACGGCGUCCAAUUUUCUCGCCAGCUACAUCUUCUCUGACCACACCUACGAUAAGCCUUUCUUCGUCGUGUAUAUCAAUACGAGCGUGUUUGCAAUCAGCCUGGUGCCUAUGCUCGUGCGCUUCGUCGAGCGCCACGGACUCGAGGGCGUGAAGAGGGAACUGCGCGCACUGAGGGGCGAGGCCGGCUCUGGUAGCAGCACAUUUGAUAUCGACACUAGGGAAGACGGAGACUACGUGGCCGGCAGGGAGAAGAAGCAGAGGCUCUCGCUGCGGGAGACGGCGGUGCUGAGCCUCGAGUUCUGCAUGCUCUGGUUUUGUGCCAACUACUUUGCGUCAGCGUGUCUGGAGUACACGUCGGUGGGCAGCGUGACCAUCCUCACGUCGACGAGCAGCGUGUGGACGCUGGUGUUCUGCGCGGCCAUGAAGGUGGAGACAUUCUCGUUACGGAAGCUCGUGGGCGUGCUGGCCAGCCUGGCGGGCGUGGUACUGAUUUCGACGGUGGAUCUGAGCGGGAUCAGCGACGGGGACAGAGGAAACUUCCCUCACAAGAGCCAGGCCAGCAUCGCCAUCGGCGACGGCAUGGCCUUUUUCAGCGCUAUCGUGUACGGGCUCUACGUCACGGUUAUGAAGAGGCGCGUGGGCGAUGAGGAGAGGGUCAACAUGCCGUUGUUCUUUGGGCUGGUCGGUCUGCUGAACCUGCUCUUGCUUUGGCCUGGCUUUUUCCUGCUGCACUGGACGGGGAUCGAGCCGUUCGAGUGGCCGCCGACGGGCAAGGUGUGGGGUAUCAUCAUGCUCAACUCGGUCUCCUCCUUCAUCAGCGACAUGUCCUGGGCAUACGCCAUGCUGCUCACGACACCGCUCGUCGUCACCGUGGGCCUAUCUCUCACCAUCCCCUUGUCCCUGAUCGGCGAGAUGAUCCAGUACGCGCAGUACUCGAGCUGGAUCUACUGGGUAGGCGCAGGGAUUGUGCUCGUGUCGUUCUUGUUCAUCAAUCAUGAGAGCGCAGAGGGAGACGAGAAAGAAGGGGACGGCCCGUGA